GUGAAUAUAGAGAUUGUUGUACCUUUUCCAAACACUUUCCUUUCCCGUAGUCUCACUGCCGACACCUCCGCGACUCCGCAGCUCUCCCCAGAUAAGAUACGACGCGACAUCACUACGGCCAUGGAGCGCAUACGCCGCGUCUUUGAGCGCGAGAACUCGGAGGCUUCGUAUGAGCCGCUAGAGGGUGGCUCCGAACGGCCUGAUGGAGAACAUAUCGAUGUAGAGGACCAGGCGUUCUCAUGGACCGACUAUGCCGUCUUCACGCUGCUGGGAGUUGCUAUGCUGUGGGCAUGGAAUAUGUUCCUAGCAGCAGCCCCCUACUUCCAGCGGCGCUUCGAGUCCAAUGACAACCUCCUCCGUAACUUCCAGUCCGGCAUCCUCUCAGUCGGCACCAUAGGAAACCUAGGCUCCAUGAUAGUCUUGACGAAGCUACAAGCCCGCGCAAACUACCCCAAACGCAUCACUGUAGCCUUGGGGCUCAAUGUGGCAGUCUUCACGCUGCUUGCCAUAUCCACAAAGCUGUUCUUGAAUGUCGCCGUAGGCGUCUACUUUGCCUUCCUCAUGGUCAUGGUGCUGAGCGCCAGUCUGGCAACGGGCUUGUGUCAAAACGGCGUCUUCGCCUAUGUAUCCGGCUUUGGGCGUGAGGAAUACACUCAGGGUAUCAUGGCAGGGCAGGGCAUCGCUGGUGUCCUGCCCGCAAUCACGCAGAUCAUCUCCGUACUGUCUGUACCCAAUAAACAACAUACUGGCGAUGCACCUCAGGAAUCCAGCACAUCGGCCUUUAUCUACUUUUUGACUGCCACCGGUGUCUCAGCAGCAACCCUCGUAGCCUUCUUCUACCUCCUCUCUAGAACCAGCUCUAAACAACGCAUGGCCCGCCUAUCCUACGACGACCAAGACCCGGAGUACGACCCUACUCACUCCGACCGCAAGACGGUUCCCCUGACAAGACUCCUGAAGAAGCUCUUCUGGCUUGCUGGCGCAGUGUUUCUUACUUUUGCUGUAACCAUGUUCUUCCCCGUUUUCACACCACAGGUCCUUAGCGUCCGUGACCCAGCAACCUCGUCCCGCCUCUUCCAACCUGCAACCUUCAUCCCACUAGGCUUCUUCUUCUGGAACCUAGGCGAUUUGAUCGGUCGCGUGGGUCCCGCACUACCUGCCCUACGUCUCACACACCGUCCACGUCUCCUCUUCGCAUUUUCUAUUGCACGUGUGCUAUUCAUUCCAAUGUACUUUCUCUGCAACAUCGGCGGGAAAGGUGCAGCUGUGAACUCGGACUUCUUCUAUCUAUUCGUGGUGCAGUUGUUGUUUGGUGUGACGAAUGGGUUUCUGAGUAGUAACUGUAUGAUGGGUUUCGCCGAGUGGGUGGAGCCUGAUGAAUUGGAGGCGGCGGGUGGGUUCAUGUCGUUGUGUCUUGUGGGUGGGUUGACAGUGGGAAGCUUUUUGAGCUUUUUUGCCGCUCAGUCUUCGUGA